AUGGUCCAGACGGGCGCCAAGGGAUCGAAGGUCAAUCAGUCACAAGUCAGCUGCUGUUUGGGCCAGCAGGAGCUGGAGGGCCGCCUCCCACCCUUGAUGAGCACGCAGAGGUCACUCCCCUGCUUCGCGGUGCGCGACCUCUCCAAUCGAACACGAGGCUACAUUGCCGACCGGUUCCUAACUGGCAUCCGACCGCAGGAAUUCUUCUUCCACUGCAUGGCCGGCCGUGAAGGUUUGGUGGACACGGCCGUUAAGACGUCACGCUCAGGAUAUCUGCAACGAUGCCUCGUCAAGCACUUGGAGGCUCUCAAGGUGAGCUACGAUCACACCGUGCGAGACAGUGACGGCUCCGUUCUCCAAUUUCUUUAUGGUGAGGACUGUCGUCAAGUUGGCUAA